AUGAUCCAAAGACCUCCAGCUUUUGCCUUCGGGAAUGGGGUCAUUUGGGCCAGGUAUGGCAAUGGCAAGAAGGAGUCCACCACCUUCUCUGGCUGGUCCAACUGUUAUCUCGGCUCCAAUGAUCCCUACGGUGAGACGUUGCACAGUAUCUUGAGCCUGGUUCGUGCCAAGUAUCUUUCCAUCGAUCGCUUCGUAAGUGUGGUGGGUUCUUUUGUGGCCCUCCAGUUUCUGCUGGUUCUGAAGCCAAAGACGGUGCAUUUCUUCGACAUGAAUCCUCAGCAGGUGCAAUGGGCUAAGAUGCUCUGUGAGUUGAUCCAGAUCUCCAAGACGCCACAGGAAUACAUCUCCCGAGUCUUUGCAAGACAAGUGCGACCCUUUGAACGUCGCCUGGGCCACGGUGGACCCACGGGUGAUCGAUUGACGCAUCUCAAUCAGCAUCGCUUCCUUCGGCUGCCCAUCGCUCAGCGUUUGCGCAGCGACACGCUCCAGCGGCUUAGUGCUUCAGCACAGGAAACCUAUCAAAGGGUGCUCAUUCCACUGCAGGAGGGAGAUCAGCCCGGCUGGUUCACGCCAACGCUGCUGCCCUGUUAG